AUUCCCGCACAAGCUUUUACUGCGCAACACUUAUCGAUAGCUCGCGUUUUUAUGUGAAUGUCAGGGCUGCAGUAAAUAAUUGCCUAAAUUAAACCAUUUACAGUUAAUUAAAGCAGCUUAAUUAAUUUUCAUUAGACCUGUGUGGUACUAACAAUCAGUAAAAUGAAUAUUGCACGCCAAGCGCUUACACGCAGCGUCUUAAAGUCGCAAUUUAACACGAAAUGGUGCCAUUUUGUUAGGGCUACCACAGUGACAGCUGUCAACUUUUCUUCGCCGGCCGCCAUUAAAAUUGCAACCAAUUACGUGCAGCCGAUUCGCAAUAUAGCAACAACUGUUUGUAAAUUUUCUAAAGACUCCGCUGCUUGCAAAAUGGAGGAACAUUGCGUUGUACCCGAUGUUAUUGCCAAGGCACCCCAAGGCAACAUUUCUGUGGAUUAUGAUUGUGGCAUUUCUGUUAAGCCCGGCAUGGUAUUAACGCCAACCCAAGUGAAAGAUCAGCCAUGCGUCAAAUGGGAAGCUGAUGACGGCAAGUUCUACACGCUCGUCAUGACCGAUCCGGACGCACCCAGUCGCAAGGAUCCCAAAUUCCGUGAAUGGCAUCACUGGCUGGUAGGAAACAUACCCGGCAACCAAGUUGCCAAGGGCGAUGUGCUCUCAGCUUAUAUUGGCUCUGGACCUCCACCAGAGACUGGCCUGCAUCGCUAUGUGUUUUUGGUUUACGAGCAGAAGUGCAAGCUUACCUUUGAUGAGAAGCCCCUGCCCGACAACAGCGGCGAUGGUCGUGGUGGCUUUAAAAUUGCCAAGUUUGCUGAGAAAUACUUAUGUUUCUGGUUAUUCUCUAUGUUUCUAGUAAUUUUUAUCAUAUUGCGGUAA